UUCAGCAUGGGACCAGAAAAUGAAACAGCAGUUACUGAGUUCAUCCUAGAGGGCUUCCCAGAGCUGGAUCCAAGGCUGCAGGUAUUUUUCUCUCUGGUCCUUCUGCUCAUGUACCUGACAACAGUGAUGGGGAAUGCAACCAUCAUUUUCCUCGUGUGUGUGGAUCACCACCUGCAAACCCCCAUGUACUUUUUCAUCAGCAACCUGGCCUUCCUGGAAAUCUGGUUUACAUCCUCCACAAGCAUCAAACUGUUUGUGAUGCUGAGUUCUGGUCAGAACACUCUCUCACUAAGCAGCUGCUUUGCCCAAAACUAUUUCUAUUUUGCUAUGGGCUGCACAGAGUUCAUGCUGCUCGUUGUCAUGUCCUUUGACCGCUAUGUUGCCAUCUGCCAACCUUUGCUCUACGCUGCCAUCAUGAAGCCUCAGCUCUGUGUCCGCCUGGUUGUUGCUGCUUGGGUCCUCAGCUUUGCCCUGCUGAGCUACCGGCUGCUCUUCCUCUCUGAGCUGUCCUUCUGUGGCUCCAAGAUCCCCCAUUUCCUUUGUGACAACUCCCCCUUGUUCAAACUGUCCUGCUCUGACACCAGCCUGCUGUGGAAAAUAGACUCUGUCUUCAUAUCCUGUGUUGUGCUGGGUUCCUUGUGUUUGACUCUGGCAUUUUACAUCUGCAUCCUUUUCUGUGUUCUGCAUCUUCCAGCAGCCUCAGGGAGGAAGAAAGCUUUGACUGCGUGUUCUUCCCAUCUCAUCACCUUAUCCAUUGCCUACGGGAGCUGCAUUGCUCUCUACACACGUCCUGCAGAAGCUGUUUCCUUGAGCACCAACAGAAUUGUAGCUCUGCUGAAUACAGUCCUGUACCCAUUCUUAAACCCAUUCAUCUACAGCCUUCGGAACAAACCUGUGAUCCUGGCCCUGAGCAAAUCCAUUGCAAGGGCAAGAACAAAGCUUUUCCCCUAACCAUAGUGCAUUUCUGGAAAGCCAUCCCAAGAAUCUGGUGUCAUCUGUUACACAAUAGCAGCGCCUGUGAGUGCAGCCUCCAAACAGGGCUGCCUCAGGUUAAGAGAUAAGAGACUCAUCU